AAAUGACGGUAGAAUUUUGUUGCAGCAUCGAGCGGCUUCGGUGGAUCGGGCCGGCAUCGAAUGGAUCCCGGACGUCAUUUCCGUAUUCACCAGGAUGGCAUCACUUGUUAACACUUCGUACGACUACAUCGUUGUCGGCGGCGGCUCCGGCGGGGUUUCGUCCGCCUCCCGUGCCGUCGAAUACGGCGCCAAGGUGCUCGUGAUCGAGCGAGGCCGGGUGAACGGCGGCGCCGGCAUGGGCGGCACGUGCGUGAACGUAGGGUGCGUCCCCAAGAAGAUCAUGUACAACGCCGGCGUCCAUGCUGAGAUCUUGCACUCAGCCAAGGACUACUCGUUCAAAGACGUCGUGAACGUCAAGUUUGGUAGCUUCGACUGGGCCGCCAUGAAGGCCAAGCGCGAUGCGUACGUGAAUUGGCUCUCCGCAGCCUACGAAGAAGGUCUCGGCGAAGAGAACAUUGACCACGUGAUCGGGGCGGCGGUGUUUGUGGACGACCACACGGUGGAGGUGAAUGGCCAGCGCUACACGGCUCCACAUAUCCUGAUCGCGGUCGGCGGCAUGCCCCAAAUGCCGAACAUCCCUGGCAUCGAGCACGCCGUGUCCUCGGACGGGUUCUUUGACCUCCCCACCCAGCCAAAGAAGGUCGCGGUCGUUGGCGCGGGGUACAUUGCCGUCGAGUUGGCGGGCAUUUUCAACGCGCUCAAGAGCGACACGGUCGUGUUUUGCCGAGGCAACCAGGUCCUGCGCAAGUUCGACCCGUUGGUCCGCGACCUCGUCAACGACGAGAUGGCCAAAGCUGGUGUCGCAUUUGUGACGCACGCGCACCUGGAAUCGAUUCGAAAAGAGGCCGAUGGGUCGCUCACGGUCGUGGCAAAAGUAGGCGAAGCAACCAACGAGUUUGCCGGAUUCGACGCCAUCGUGUCCGCUAUCGGUCGUAUUCCCCGCACGCAAGACGUCGGUCUCGACAAGACUCACGUCGAGCUCUCGGACGACGGCUUUGUCGUCGUCGAUGCCCAGGAAAACACGACCGUCGAUGGCGUGUAUGCGAUUGGAGACGUCACCACGACGGGGUGGGAGCUCACCCCCGUGGCGAUUGCGGCGGGUCGCCGCCUCGCCGAUCGAUUGUUUGGGAAAGAGACCAACGCGUGCAUCCACUACCAUCAAAUUCCCACCGUUGUGUUCAGCCAUCCCCCGAUCGGAACCAUCGGGCUGACCGAGCCCGACGCGAUUGCCAAGUAUGGCCGCGACAACGUCACUGUGUACACGUCGACGUUCUCCAACAUGUUUUACGCGCUCGCAACCCACAGCGCGCACAAGCCGCAGACCGCUAUGAAGCUCGUGUGCAUUGGCGUGGAGGAGACUGUCAUCGGAGCCCACGUUGCGGGCCUCGGCGCGGACGAAAUGAUCCAGGGCUUUGGUGUCGCCAUCAAGCUCGGCGCGUACAAGUCGGACUUUGACAACGUCGUGGCGAUCCACCCGACCGCUGCCGAGGAAAUGGUGACGAUGGCGCCAUGGGGAAAGAUCAAGGACCAGAUCCAACGGCCGCACGGAACGGCGCGCGCGCCGCCCAAGUUGAAAGCCCCCGUGCCCGGCAAAUUGUGA